ACUCCUCAAUAAAACCUAGUGACAGUCUACGUCCCGCCCGCUUGCUUUCAUAACCUUUCCCAGCUCCCGCUCUUCCUUUGAUUUUGGAACCUCUUCAUUCAAUCAAAUGGCUGAUGAAAGUUGUCAGGAAUAUGACCUUGGUAAUGUGUACGACACAGACAAUGUGCAUGGGGCAGAGGAUGCACAUAACAUGGAUAAUAUUCAAGAAACGGACAAUGUGCAUGAGAGCAGCUUGCCUUCAGAAGAGGUACAAGUUGAGUCCCUUCAGGGACAUGAGAUAAAAUUGGAACCAGAAGAGGUACAAAUUGCGUCCCUUGGGGGAGAUCCGAUAAAAUUAGAGGCAGAAGAGGUACAAGAUGCGUCCCUUCAGGGGAAUCCAAUAAAAUUGGAAUCAGAAGAGGUAAAAGUUGCUGAAAACGGUUCAGGAGGUGGUGAGGAAAAAAGAUGGCCUGGUUGGCCUGGAGAAAAUGUCUUUAGAAUGUUAGUUCCUUCCAAGAAGGUUGGUGGCAUCAUUGGCCGCAAAGGAGAGUAUAUAAAAAAAACUUGCGAAGAAACAAAAGCUCGCAUUAAGGUCCUUGAUGGUCUUCCUGGGUCUACAGAAAGAGCUGUGAUGAUAUCUGCGAAGGAAGAGCCUAGCCUCUCUAUUCCACCUGCUAUGGAUGGCCUUUUGAAGGUCCAUAAGCGGAUUAUUGACGUGGAUCAUGACUCCACCAAUACUCCUUCUGGUGCUGGGAAACCAGUUUCUUCUAGACUACUUGUGGCUGCUACACAGGCUGCUAUCUUGAUUGGAAAGCAGGGUGCAACCGUUAAGUCUAUUCAAGACGAAUCUCAUUGCACUAUUCGAAUUCUUGGAGGAGAGCAUCUCCCCAUUUUUGCCCUGCCUGAUGAUAGUAUCGUUGAGAUACAAGGGGAGCCAGCAGGCGUGCAUAAAGCAGUUGAAAUGAUUGCAACUCAUCUGAGGAAAUUUUUAGUUGAUCGCAGUGUAAUUGGAGUAUUUGAGAAACUUAUGCAAAUGCCAAAUGCUCGUGCACACCAGCAUAUGCCCCCGCCUGGGCCUACCGAACCUUGGGGUCCACCUCCAUCCAGUUUUCCCAUGAGUGCUGGGGGACCUGGAUUUGGAGCCAACCCCCAGUAUAUGCCGCCACCACGGCAAUUUGACAAUUAUUUUCCACGAGUGGACAGGCCUCUAGAUAUGCAACCUCAUCCGGGCGCCCUUUACGGCAGAGAUGCUUCAGUGGGAUCUCAUGCAAAUGUGCAACCACAACAAUCCAUAGUUUCAAAGGUCACACAAAACAUCCAAAUUCCUUUGUCAUAUGCUGAUGCUGUUAUUGGGGCUUCUGGUUCGAAUAUUAGUUAUAUUCGUCGGACAAGUGGUGCAACUAUUGCAGUGCAGGAAACAAGGGGUGUUCCUGGUGAGAUGACUGUUGAGAUAAAUGGUUCUGCAUCACAAGUCCAAACAGCACAGCAAUUAAUUCAGAAUUCCAUCGCCGACGCUACCAACUCAAUGCAGAAUGCUGCUGGACCACCUUCCCAAGGUUAUAAUCCUUAUCCUUCUCAGGUUCCUGUGUACCCUUCACAGUCUAGUGCCACUGGUCAUGCUGGCCAGGCGCCAGCUGCAGAUUAUGGUUCGGUUUAUGGAGGCAGCUACGGUUAUUAAAGGAUAUAUCCAGCUCAAACAAGUCAUGCCUGCUAUUACAAGAGCUACGAGUCUUCAGCUACUGGGAAAUUUUAGCUUUAGUUAGCUGUAUCAUGAUUUCUAGUCUAGUUGAGAAAUGAAUUGCUGGUUUGCCUUCUAGCAACCUUUUUGUCCUAUUUAAUUUCACUGUUUGACCAAUAUAACUAGUGAAAUUAAAUUAAAAACUAUUUGCAGGCGCUUCUCUGGCAAUUAUUUUGUGGUUUGCAAGUUAGAUUUCACAGGCUUGAUCCUUGUCAGAGAAUUGAUGAAUGCUGAAUGUAUAUCUUGAUUCUUGAAUGCUCUUUGGUUUUGCUCG